AUGAAUCUUGAUAGCCCGGGAAGUGCGGCAGCGGUCGAUCCGGUGACCAUUGUGAUCAAGGAAUGCAUAAAUCUUUCGUCAGCGAUGCGAAAAUACUCAAAAUAUACAUCGCAAUCAGGUGUUGCAGCACUGCUGGGCGGUGGAAGUGAUAUAUUCAGCAAUCAGGAUGAGUCGCUGGUUAGUACGUUUAAUAAUCUUUCGGCAAACAGAAGUAAUGAUCCAUUAUUAUCGGGGUUUAUUCAGUUGCGUUUAAUGCUGAAUAAGGCGCAGGGACUUGAAAAUAUCGACUCUUUGACUCUGUUGCAACCUUUUCUGCUUGUUAUUAGCACCAGCUCGGUGUCGGGGUACAUAACCUCGCUGGCACUGGAUUCGUUGCAGAAGUUUCUGACGCUGAAUGUCAUUAAUGAAUCUUCACUCAACCAUAGAGCCGCCUAUCACGAGACUGUCAAUUCGCUUACUCAUUGCAGGUUUGAGGGUUCCGAGCAGCUAUCCGAUGAUUCGGUUCUUUUGAAAGUGGUCAUUCUUUUACAGACAAUUAUCCAGUCGCGCUGCGGUGACUUGCUGUCUGACGCUAUCAUGUAUGAUGUUCUACAGACGAUUUUGUCGUUGGCUUGCAAUAAGCGGAGAAGCGAAGUGCUGAGAAGAGCUGCGGAGUCGACUAUGAUCGCUAUAACGGUGCAAAUUUUCAGCAAAUUGAAGCAUAUAGACCCCACCAACCUGGCUCAAAAAUACAUUAAUGAUGAGAGUUACGCCAACAAUGAGCUUCAGGACGAUGUGAUUGGCACGACUGCGGGAAAGGAUGAUGCAACUAGUGAUCAUGAUACCAAAGAAGAUCAGAGCCUACCGAGUGCGAACGCUGACAUUUCUAAGCUUGACCCGACGGAGAUUAAAGCAACUCGCAUUACAGAUCCUAAAUAUGGACUACCAGUGAUAAAGCAAUAUUUGAACCUACUACUGUCUUUGAUAGUUCCUGAAAACCAGACAAAGCACACAAAUUCUGCCAGAAUCUUUGGUUUAAACUUGAUAAAUACCGCAGUUGAGCUGGCCGGCGAUAUAUUUCCCCUGCAUCCCCGUCUUUUCAGCCUCAUUUCUGAUCCGAUUUGCAAGUAUGUCCUUUUCAUCAUACAGAAUAGCAACAAGCUGUCGCUGCUCCAGGCUGCUCUCCAGCUAUUCACUACGCUUGUGAUAAUUCUGGGGAACCAUUUACAGAUGCAAGUUGAGCUGACUUUGACGCGUAUAUUUACAAUUCUUUCACAAUCAGCCAGUCAAAGUAACAAUGAAGCGAAAGAGAGGCCCGCUGCUGUGAAAGAGCUACUCAUCGAACAAAUCUCCAUUCUUUGGACUCGCUUCCCAUGUUUUUUUACGUCAACUUUCAUUACUUUUGAUUGCAACCUCGACAGAGCAGAUUUGUCAAUUCAAUUCCUGAAUUCCCUGACAAAGCUGGCCCUACCGGAAGCAGCACUCACAACCACGGACAGUGUACCACCCAUUUGCUUGGAAGGUCUCGUAUAUUUUAUUGAUGAAAUGUAUGAUCACCUGCAAAGUGUGAACAGGGAGAUAUUCCUCUCCGGAGAUGCCAGCAUCCACUUACUUGAACAGCGGGAACGUAAAAAGGAGUUCAUUAAAUGCGCUACAAUUUUUAAUGACAAACCUAAAAAAGGAAUUCCCCUCCUAAUUGAGAAGGGUUUUAUCAAGUCCAAUACGGAGGAAGCUAUUUCAGGCUUCUUAUUCGAGAAUAACAGUCGGAUGAACAAGAAAACGAUCGGUCUUUUACUUUGUGAUCCAACGAAAGCAACUCUGCUGCGAAAGUUUAUCGAUCUUUUUGAUUUCAAAGGCUUGAGGGUGGACGAAGCCAUCAGAAUUUUGUUGACAAAGUUUCGUUUACCUGGUGAGUCGCAGCAGAUUGAAAGAAUAAUAGAAGCGUUUUCCGCCAGAUAUGUGGAGUGUCAGAGUUAUGAUUCAAACGAGAUUAAUAAUGAAGCUACAGAUGACGUGAGGGCGGUACAACCUGAUGCCGAUUCCGUCUUCAUCUUGAGCUAUUCCAUAAUCAUGCUUAAUACAGAUCUGCAUAAUCCGCAGGUUAAAGAGCAUAUGUCUUACGAAGAUUAUUCAGGCAACUUAAAGGGUUGCUACAACCAGAAGGACUUCCCAACGUGGUACCUGGAGAGAAUAUACUCUUCGAUACGUGAUAAGGAGAUCGUAAUGCCAGAAGAACACCAUGGAAAUGACAGAUGGUUCGAGGAUGCUUGGAAUAAUCUGAUCUCUUCAGCGACAGUCUUGACAGAGAUCGCCAAAGAUUCAACCAGCGCAAUCGAGGGAUUAAGUCCUGAAGAAUUGGCACAUUUUGAUAAAGCUAUUUUCAAGCAGGUCGGAAGCUCUAUUGCUAAAACUCUUUUCAAAAUAUUCCAGGUUGCCUCCGAUGACCACAUCUCCACUCGAAUGCUUACGAGUAUUGACAAGUGCUCUUACAUUGCAUCGUUUUUCAAUAUCAAAGGCCUGUAUAACGAUAUACUUGGCAGGAUAUCCGAGCUGACGACUUUAGUUCCUGCAGCUUCUACUGCCAAGAGACAAUCAUCAGAUGCUGAUGAAAUUCCGCUGGUGGAGAUAGCGAUGGAAGACUGCAAUACCAGUAUUGUGGUAAGCACAGAAUCCGUUAGAUUGGGAAGGUCUUUCAAAGGUCAGCUUUGUCUGGUAGUGUUAUUCCGUAUACUUCGCAGAAAGAAUAGUCCUGGUGUCAUCAAUGAUGAAUUGUGGUCGAAAAUUGUUCAGGUGAUAUUAGUACUUUAUGAGAACUUAUUGAUCAGCCCAGACGUUUUUCCCGAAAUACAGCAAAGACUGAAACUUGGCAGCUUGAGGAGACCCGAACCUGAGAUCUCAAUCAAGAAAGCCAGAGAAAACAAGGGUCUACUUUCAGCGUUCGCGUCAUAUCUGAAAGGAGAUGAGGAGCCUACGGAAGAAGAGAUAGAUGCUUCCAUCAAAGCCAUUCAAUGCAUUGCAUCUACUGAUGUCGCCUCUUCUGUUUUCCGCAACGAGACGAAUAUCGCAGCAAAUCUAGUGAAGGUUUUGUUGAGCUCUAUAAAAAAAGAUAUAUCAUCGGAAAACGGUCGAUUUUUCGAAAGCGAGAUGCUCUUCCUCGUUGAGCUAUCUGUUGCCCUAUUGCAUAUUCACAACCUUGGUGAGGAUGUGGCAUCCAUAUUGUUGGAUCGGGUUACCGCGCUAUCACAAUCAGUUACGUUAUCAAAAGCAGCGGUGAUGAGAUUGGCCUCCUACAGGAUGCUUCUUCUCUCGGCUGUUGAUGAAUGUCAUUCACCUCUCCUAGAAUUAAUUAACAAAGAUCUGUUGGGGAAGAAUGAAGUCUUUACUCAGAAGUACUUCGCCGGAGAUGCUGGGAGUGAGGUUUUGCAUGGAAUUCUGGGGCUGACCGAAAAUGGACAAAAUCGGAAGCAUAUCUUGAAGGAUGCCGGGUUUUGGAAACUUCUCAGAUCCCUGGCCGCCAUAAGAAGGCAUACCAAGGAAAUUUAUCAAUUUCUAGAACGAUGUCUUUUAAAAUCAGACGGUGAUUUGACCGAGAAAAAUUUCAUGUGGAUUUUAGGCCUUCUGGAUGAAAUCUCAUCUGCUGGUGCCAUCGGAAGUAAAUGGGAACAGGAGUACGAUCGUCUGGUUCGCAAAGGACAAAAAGUGGACAAAGAAAAUCCUUAUCAAGACGUCGUUGAACUGUCUUUGAAGUCGAUUAAUCUAACCAGCCUUUUACUCGAUGAAGAAGUGACUACAUUAAGACUUACGAAAAGCGAGACAAUAGCACUCAUUCAGGCUCUUUCUCACCAAUGUUUGAACCCAUGCCAGCAGAUACGCUCCUAUUCACUGAAGACACUCGGUGUGGCAAUAACGGAGAGAAUCCACUUCCCAUCUGAAGAAAUAACCACCGCAGAAGAAGUAAUAGAUGGCGGGCUGUUACCCCUGCUGGAAUCCAACGCUACAAGACAAGAGAACAACGUUCCAAUACCGGAAAUUCUCGCAGUUAUUUCGAUAUUUUAUUUGCACUGUUUGAGGAAUAAACUAGCGACAAAUCAGACCUUCCUGAAAGUUCUGAACGUUUACAACAAGUUCGUUGACAUGCCCGCGGUCGAGAAGCAGCUGCAGGAACUAAUAACCGAGAAGAAGAAGAUAGAAAAGGAAUUUUCGCAGGAAGAGAACUCUUCAUCACAGGAAGUAAACGAACAUGUGAGCGAAGCUUGA